AUGUGUGUUGGUGUUGAUAGAAACAAAUAUCAGAUUCAGAUUCCUUUGCCUCCAAAAAUUGAUCCAAGUGUUACCAUGAUGACAGUUGAAGAGAAACCAGAUGUGACAUAUAAUGAUGUUGGUGGCUGUAAGGAGCAGAUUGAAAAGAUGCGUGAAGUUGUUGAACUUCCCAUGCUUCAUCCUGAGAAAUUUGCCAAGCUCGGAAUUGAUCCUCCAAAGGGUGUGCUUUGUUAUGGUCCACCAGGAACUGGCAAAACUCUAUUAGCCAGGGCUGUUGCCAAUAGGACUGAUGCUUGUUUUAUUAGAGUCAUUGGAAGUGAGCUUGUUCAGAAAUAUGUCGGUGCGCGAUUUGAUGAAGGAGUUGGCGGUGAUAACGAGGUUCAGCGUACUAUGCUUGAAAUUGUGAAUCAGCUUGAUGGGUUUGAUGCCCGAGGAAACAUCAAAGUUUUGAUGGCAACAAACAGGCCCGACACUUUGGAUCCAGCACUAUUGCGGCCUGGGCGAUUCGAUCAUAAAGUUGAAUUUGGCCUUCCUGAUUUAGAGAGCAGGACACAAAUAUUCAAGAUACACACAAGAACCAUGAACUGUGAAAGAGAUAUCCGUUUUGAACUUCUAGCAAAAAAAACUUACAGCAACAUGACCUGUAAUUAA